AUCGCCGUCGGAAGGUUAAAAAUUCGAAGCUGAGAAGAAAACGAUUUCUUCUGUAUUCUUACGCUGUUUGAAACUAUCGAAGAAGGAAUGGAGAUUCAUAAGACUGAUGAGGCUGCGAAGAAUCCAGAAAUCGAGGAUAUAGUCGAAUUAACUAAGCAAAAGCAAUCCGAAGAAUUAGAACACUGCGACGAGCAACAGCAGCAGCAGCAAGCCGAAGAAGAUGAGAAAAAACGAGAUGAAGACGAAGACGAAUUGCGAAAUCUGCUGCUUUCAGAUAUCGGAGAUCUUCCGCUUUCUCCUCCAUCAGCUACACAAGUCAAUUUCGUUUCUUACUUCAUCACAGAUUUUACGAAAUCGGGUCAUGAUCAGUAUAUCUACCGUCACGCCAAUGGUUUGUGUGUAAUUGGAUUGGCUCCUACGCAUAUAGCUUUUAAGGACGAAGGUGGGAUCACCAACAUCGAUUUCAAUGUUGGUAAGUCUGAUCGUAGCGUCUUGAAAGUCUCCGGCAAGCGUAAAAAGGUUGCUUUCUCUUUCUUUUCACUAUUUUUUUCUUGCUUUCACUCAGUCUUAAAGACUUUUACCAGUUGUUGUAGCUUGAAGUUGCGGUUCGAAAUUGUUGUGUAUUCAAAUGCUGUUCUUGUGCAGAAUGCUAUGCGCUCUGAAUCGAAUACAGCAUUGUGCAAAGUUUCUACUGCAAAUGAUUCUUAUAUUGUGAGGUGUUGCGUUAAAGGCUCUCUCUUGGAGGUGAACGAGAGAUUAAUCAAGCAACCACAGCUUCUUAAUUCAUCGGCUGAUCGCGAAGGCUAUAUUGCGAUAAUCAUGCCAAGACCUGCAGAUUGGACCAAAAACAAGGAAUCACUAAUAACCUUGGAGGAAUAUAAAGAAAAGAAAGAAGUGUCUCUAUGAGACAGUUUGCCGAAACCACGGUUGAUUUCUUUGGAAACCGUGUUUGCUCUGAAGCUGAUGAUAAAGCUUAAGUCAGAUUAUAUUGAAGGUUUAUGGCUGUCUUGUUCUACAAUAUUCGUAAAGCUGGUGUGUUGUGUUUUGGCUGACAACAAUUUUGGAAGCAAAGAUCGUUUUAGUUUAUGAUAUUCUGCAUGAAACUUUUUCAAUGUACCGAAAAACAGAUAAUCACUAUAUAUAGUUUUGAAGCUG